UCGGCACCAAAGCACAGUGUAUGUUCCGAGGGGGACGGAUUUGAGGAGCGUACAUGUAUGUCCAUUAUUUAGAACUGCUUGUGUGAGACAUUUACAAGAUAAAUCUAUUUGGUUUAUUACGGACAUGUCUACUGUGCGGAAUGUUUUGCAUUCGCCUGUCUGUUAAUAUGGGCUGGAAUUUUAGGUUUGAAAAAAUCACUCAUUUAGAGCCCAUAGCUUUAAGGUGUUUGUGUUCCUCAAGAUGUCACACAGGUCCCGAUGUAGUUUUACCACAGAUUAAGCGAAAAGGAGCAAACAGUAACAAGCAGGUAAGAAAAACACAGAAAAAGAAAAGACCCUCAUGUCCGGCAGUCCUCAGUCACUUUGACCAGCAGUACAGUCGAGAGCUUGGAGACUUGUGGCCAUCUGCAAGAGCAGUGCUCCUGGACCCUCAGACUUGGCAGUAUGGGGUCAUGCUCAACCGCUUCAGUGUUGUGACUGACAUCACUCAGAUUCUUCAGUCUCAGGGCUUUUCUGCAUUGCUGCAACAAACACACAUCUCAGCAAGGCUUUUUAACACCCCCUCUAUGGGAUCUCAUUCUAAAUACCAAGGAGGAAAAGGCACAUUGUCGAAUCAUCACAUCUCUAAGUGCCCUUCUGAGGACUCCGAUCUCCGGCCCGACAUCACCUCUGAUGGACUCAGGCAGGACCUUCAGUCAGAGCCCACUUUCAGUUUUCCCUGUUCUUCAUUGCAAUGUUACAUUCAUUCAAGUCCACUGCGAUUUCCCUCUCAGCCUCACAGGCCUGGACAGCUGAAGCAGUACUACCUCCUAAAUGCUGCCUCCCUGCUCCCAGUGCUGGCUUUGCAAGUCAGAGAUGGAGACAAGGUUUUGGAUCUUUGCUCUGCUCCUGGAGGCAAAGCUGUGGCCAUAAUGCAGAGUGCAACUCCAGAGCUCCUCUGCUGUAAUGAACCAGAUCCUCAUAGACGGGACUGGCUGAGUAAAACCCUUGAGUCUUUUCUGCCUAUUUCAAUAAAAAGCAGAGUGGUUGUGUCUGCACAGGAUGGACGGGCUUUUGGGCAGAGCGAGGCUGGCUUUUAUGACAAGGUCUUAGUGGAUGCUCCAUGUUCUAAUGACCGGAGCUGGCUGUAUUCUGGUAGCAUCCAGCAGGGGGAACGGAGACUGAAGGACCGAUCCAGGCUGCCUGCGUUACAGGCUGAGCUGCUUAGGUCGGCACUAUCUGCAGUGCGUCCUGGAGGUGCUGUGGUCUAUUCGACCUGCACACUGUCAAGCCAUGAGAACCAGGCUGUGGUGGAAUCCGUGCUGAGGGACUUCCCAGAGGCCCAAGCCGAAGACCUGUGGGAAGAGAUUGCCACGCCUUUAUCAGGACACUUUGAAUUCAGUUCUCACCCUAAUCACCACCGGCUUGGCAUUCUAGUGGUUCCUCAGGUUGGAAAGACCUGGGGACCAAUGUUUCUUUCCCGAAUUAGAAGAAGGGAUGUAUUUGGGAAAUAAAUUGAAAUAAAAAAAAUAUCCAUAUAUUGAAGAUUUUGAAUAAUGAUGAAACAUAGAGAAUUCUGUCCCGUAUCCAAACAGCAGCAGCUGUAGUUGGGACAUGUCGAUAAAAUAACACACACAUUUCAGACAAUCACACACAGCUGCACGUCCUCUGGACUGUAAAUGUCUUGAUUUUUAUAGCUUCUGCUGUAUCUGUGUGUUUGGGGGUGGUGGGAUUGUGUGAGGUUUUACAUUUAAAUAGCAAAUAAAAACACAACAAUGUCCCUAUUAUUCAUCCCAACUUAAAACCCUGUUAUUUUGGUUCACCCACUGUUUUUAUAGCAUCAUCUGGUUUCAUCCCGUGGAUCUAAGUGAAGCAUAUUACAGCUAUAGGAUUUGGAAAAGCUCCAAAACAUAUCAAAGUAGGUUUUGAAUGUUGGACUUAUUCAUGAGCAAGCAAAAAAAAAAAAAAUCAAACAUCA